AUGGAUAACUUCAAUUUUUGUAUCGGAAUUGUUGAUUUACACGAAAGAAGUGAUGAUGAUUAUUAUAAAGUUGACGUAAUUUUUGAUGAUGACGAAUGUGAAUCAAGACUUAAAAAUUUCGAUACUUCUGUCAAUCCAGAUACUUAUAAUUUUGAAAAUCUUCCAAUGAUUUUUGAUGUAUGUUACUCUGCUAUUCGAAGUACAAAUAUUUCUCUUAGAAUUAAAGCAUUUGAUUGUAUUUUAACAUUUGGAUAUGAGCAACAAAAUAUAUUUAGUGAUUAUAUAACUAAUUUACAGAAUUCCAAUGAUUAUCCGGUAUUACAAAGACAGGCAAAAUGUAUAAUCAGUGAUUUAUUAAUGAUAAUGUAUGGUAGUCUCCAAAUUAUGAUGCGUCUUGAAGAAUCUCAUAAAGAAAUGUAUUCAAAUACAUCUGUUAAUAAAAAAGGAAAUAAUGAAAAGAUAGAUAGAUACAUGCUUGAUAUAAAAGAUUUAAGAAUUAAAUUUGUACAAUACAUAACAGAUUUGUUUAAAUAUAUAUCCGAAGAACCUCGUUUUUUAAACAUUAUUGAAGAAUCUGGAUUUUUAACUCAUAUUUGCGAAACUACAGUUAAUGUUCUUGUAAAAUUUAUAGAUCAUAAGCGUUUUCACUACAAAGACGAAAAAGAAGAUCUUGUUAAGAUAUUUAUACCAUUUGCUUACAUUAUAAAAUGUUUAAACUCUUCAGAAAUUGUUGGAACAGGAUUGUCAGAUAUGUUUGAGAAUUCACAAAGAUUCUGUUCAUUUACGAAUUUUUAUUUUAUUGAUGCAUUAUGUGAUGUCGAAGAGUAUUUUUCAUUACCAGAACAUUUUUUUGAAGAUGUAUACGGAAAGAUUAUUGAUGUUUUUGUUGAGAAAGCUCCAACGGAUUCGUUAAAAGAAGGCUCAAGCAAAGUUUUUAUCUCUUCUUUAAAAUCAUUAACACAAAGAAAACCAAAAUUUAUUUUAAGACAUUUUCCAAAAUUGGCAACAGUACUAUUUUCAGAGUGCGGCUACACAAAUAAAAAUUGUGUUUUAUCUAUAUUAGGACAAUUGGUUGUAGAUUGGUCUAAUUUCAAUAAUUCUGAAGAUUUAGAAAUUAGAAGAUAUUUUGUUGAAAAGAUUUUAUCUUUUGAAGAUGACAAAUCAUCUCUAAUCCGAGCAAAAUGUCUUUCUAUACUUAAAGAAAUUAUUGAAAAACGUGUUCUUGACGAUAGUCUUUCUGAUAUUGGUAUUUUGAAAAUAUUAAAUAAUUCUUUAGUAGAUGAACAAACAAGUGUAAGAAAAAUAGGUUUACAGGCAUUAAAAGAAUUAAUUGCAAAUAAUCCAUAUUCUGAAACUCUUUCAUAUGAUUUUAUUAAUAAGCAAUAUAAAAAAGCUUAUAGUGAUUUGGAGAAAGUUAAUAGCUCAAAUUUUACUUUAGAUAAGGAUGCAAUAUUUAAUGAUAUUAAUAAUAUUUUUGUUUAUUAUAACAAAACUAAAGAUAUUUCAAAAUACAAAGAUGUACCUAUUGACUAUUUACCUUCAUUACUUGAUAAUACUGAACGAAUUAAUUUUUGUGCUAGUUACAUCAAGCAAUAUGUUGAUUAUCAAAAUUCAUUUAAUGUUGAAGAAAUUUCCAAUAGUAUUUUCAAUUAUAUUCAAAAUCUUUUAGAAAAUAGUGAGGAUGAUUGUGAAACAGAUUUGUUAACUGAACAAUGUUUAGAUAAUAUUGUAAAAUUGUACAAAAAACUUAGUUUUAUUCGGCAAAUGGAAGAUUGUUUAGAUAAAGUUUUAAAAAUAGCAUUUAAUGGAAGUGUUUAUGAAGUUAGAGAAGCGUUGUCUUUGUUAACUCUUUUCAAAAAGUUUGGUAUUGACAACAGUAUUUUAACUUUUAGAAAAAUUUGUAGACUUGCAUUUAGAAAAAAUGAAGAUCUACAGCAGGAAGUAUUUAAAUGUAUUGCUUGUGUUUGUAUUUCAGAACAUGAAGAUACAGAAACUAGAUAUAAGUCAACAUUACAAAAUGUUAUGGAAUUAUUAAUUGGUGAUGAAGAACAUCAACCAGGUGUUGAAGAAGCUAUUGCAAAAUUAAUUAUAUGUAUAGAUACAAAAGAUUUUUUGAAAAAAAAAGAAUUUAUGGAUAAGAAAAUGUUUGAACUUUUAUAUAAUAAAUAUAUAGAUUCAGAAGAAUCUGACUCUACAAAAAGACUUGCCGCUAUAAGACUUGUUAAAAUCUUAUCUCUUUCUAGACCUAAUCUUGUUAAAGAAAAGUUAGAAAAUUUAAAAGUAUUACUAAUGAAUGAGAUGAAUCCUAUACAAUUUCACGUUGAAAUAUUAGAAAUUAUUUAUCAGUUUGGAAGAAAUAAUUGUGAUUUGAUAGAUAAGAAUUCAUUUCUAUUUCACUUUGACGAUGAUUUAAUAAAAUUUUUAUUCUCAGAACUUCAGAAAAAUUUAGAUAAUCCAAAUUACACUUUGUGGCUUUCGGUAAUGCAUAAAUUUGUUGCAAUUAUAUUUGAUGCAUGUUAUGAAUCAACUUUCAUAAUAUCUGAAUUUUUUCAAGUAUGUCUAAAGAAAUUAGAGUUUCUUCUUAAAAUUCAAAUAAAUUUAGAACAACUUCAUGAUAAUUUAAUUGAAUCAUUUCGAAAAGGUGAUGAUUUGACAAUGACAACUGCUUUAAAACAUAAAAUUAACCGUACAAGAAAAUUUGUUUGUUAUAAGAAUAGAAAAGUUGAUCUUGUUGCAAUACGAUUGUCAGAAUUUAUUGCUGAAGUUGGAUUAAGAUUUACUGUUUACAAUGAUAAAACUUUUGUUCAUACAAGUGCUAGUAUUUUAGAUACUUUGAAAAAAAUAAAAAAGGGUGAUAAUAAAUUGACUAAGAAAAUUGAAAUUUUUAAUGGAGACAUGAAAAAUCUUACAUUAUGGGAAAAACAAAUUUUAAAUAAUGAAGGUAUCUUUUUUACCAACGAAAGCACAGAAGCUCAAGAUGAAGCAUUUGAUCAAGGUUUACCAUCGGAGGAACAUUUUAAAAGCAUUGCUGUAAAAAAUGCUAAUAAUGAGGCUUUCUUAGAAGGUAGAAUUUUAGAAAGAAUGAUGCAAAUUACUAUUUUUAUUUGUUUAUCUGAGAAAUCUAAAAAAGAUGGUGAAGAUUCCAUAAAUUGUUUUUCAAAGGAAGCUGUCAAUUCAGCUUAUACUGCUUUGUCUAAACUUGCUCUUGUAAAUGAUACUAUUUGUUCAAGAAUUAUAGAAAUCUUAUUUAAUAGACUUUAUAAAGUUGAAUCUCAUACUAAAAUUAAUUUGUUGAUAACAAUUACUGAUCUUUUAAUUCGAUUUCCAAAUAAUGUUGAACCAUUUUCUGAUCAUUUUAUUCAAACUGUUUUGGAUAGUGAUAUUCGUGAAUCUAUUACGCAUGUAGCUAGGAGAUUAUUAGACAAAGAUGAUACAAUAUGUAGUAUUGCUCAAUACUUUUUCCAAGAACUUAUGAAAGAAGAUAAAGAUGCAAUAAAAAUAAUUCCAGAAUUGAUAUCUGAAUUAAUCUUUCGUCGACAAGAUAUAUUAUUUGAAGAAUACCAAAGUAUUGUUUAUUUUGUUUUAUCAUUAAUUGAAAAAGAUUCUAUAUCAGAUUAUCUUAUAAACAAUUUUUGUGAUAGACUUAAAUCUAAUACAUCUGGCGAUGAAAUACAACGAAUUGAAACAGCUAAACGUUUAAUUUAUGCAAUAAGUUUGUUAGAAAUUACAGAAAAAUCAUUUAAAUAUAUUUCUAUGGCUUUUCCACACUUUUCUUCUCUUAUACUAAGUGAACAAGAAAUAUGUGACUUUUUCAAAAUAAUUGUUGAAGAUAUUGAAAAACUUUGUAUUAAAACAAAUAAUGAAGACAAUAAUGAAAUGUAUACCAAAUUUAUCACCUUUGCCAAUCGUGUUAUUGAUGGUAGUAUUGAUAACGUUGCUGAAAAUGAAGAACAACAAAAAGAAUAUUACAAAGAAAUUGUUGAAAAAAAUAAAAAAACAAAUAAAAUAAAAAAAUCUGUACUUAGUCAUGUACAAUAA